AUGCAAACCGAGAUUCCAGAGGAUAUUUUCCGACGGAUCGUCGGUUUCUCCACAAGUUCCCGCUCGAUUUUUGAACUCUGGAAUUUGAAUAGCACGGCUCGAGACGUUUUAAGCGAUGAAGUUGCAAAAUUGUCGAGAAAAGAGCCGAUUCGAGUGGACAUUGGUCAGUUUUUCCUGGAAAAUAACCCGUUUCAACGGGAGUUCUAUGAAAUUGGCAAUGCCGAACACAAAAAACGACUUCACGAGAAGAUUUGGAAGCUGGCACGUCUUCUAGAACGACUCCUGCGGAUCGGAAACGGAUUUCAGAUCGGUUUGUGCAGAAGAUUAAAUUUUUACGGGAAAACCGAUUUCAGACAAUCUGACGGCGUCGGCGCUCGGAAUUCAGGCGGAGACUGAUGAACGGUACCUGGAUCGAGCUCCAUCUAUGCUCCAGAAAAAGAUGGUGCACAUUUUGAGCCAAUUCCGAAGGUUUUUGAACAUAUUGAGAAAAGCGGAAGAUAGUUGGUUUUCAGCACUGAAAUCUUCGCUUCGACGGUUUUCAUGCGACCGUCUCGUGUAAUUCGGUCUUUUCGAAACCGAUUUGAGACGAUUACGGUCCUGGAUUUGGGAAAUAUGAAGGUAAUUCUAAUUGAAAUAGCUGGGGGGAAACGUGCGAAAAUUUCCAGCCACUCGCCGCGAUGAAACUCCGUUCGAAUGUAUUCCCAUCGCUCGAAAAUUUGGAGAAAUUGACGUGGCACAUGGGAAAUGUCGAAUAUCUCGACAAAAUUCCCAACAAGGACCGUCUCAGGUCUCUCGAUUUGACGUGCCACAUUGUCGGAGAAAUGUCUGCCCAAAAGUUUGAAGUUCUGCGGAAGUUUCACAAUUUGGAGCGCUUUUUCCUGGGAAUCAGUGUUCCGCACCGGCCGUGAGUUUUUUUUCCCGAUUUUACAAGGCAAAAAAAUUUUCCAGAACUCGAAUGGUAAUGGACAUUAUUCUGAACCUCUAUCAGUCGAUUUGGAGGCGAAAAUCGGCGGAGAACCAGCAGUUAUUAAUGGAAUCUUUCCCGAAUGUUCGAGAAAUGGGCUUCUGGAACUCUCCCGAGCGAGUAAAUAGCUGUUAAAAUGUCCAGAAAAGUUAUUCAAACAUGUUCAGCUUUUCCAACAAAUGGUCAGAAAAGGCAUCGAGUACGAGACGCUGAAUUUCGGAGCUCUGAGCCAGAAUUUGCACAGAUUGUGCUCUUUUGACUCGAUUUUGCAAUCGUUUUUCAAGUGGGAAGAGGCCGAAACCGUACUUCCGCCCCCAGUUAUUCGCCACUUGAAUGUGAGCGUUCUUCUGAUUUUCAGCUAAAAAUCUCAAAUGUUUAGGAUUUUCCCCAAUCUUUACCUUCAAAAAUCGCAAAUUUUCAGAUGAACCUGCAUACGAUGCCAGCCAUCGGACUCGACUAUUAUCUGCCAAAUUUGAUGGAUCGAAUCAAUGUAAACCCGAAAUUUUCCAAUUUUUCUGUAAAAUUUCAAUUCCAGAAGGUUCCAAGCCUCGAAUCGGUUUCCCUGUUCUUCAAAUGCAUCUAUCACAACGAGAUGACGUCGUCGUGGAGUAUGGAGACGUCGAAACAAAAGUCGGGCAGAAGACGUCCCGUUUUUGACGCAAAUUACACGCAUUUCUCGCUUCACAGUGAAGGAUUGUGUGGAGUACGUCGCUUACUUAUUAGUUACUUAGUUACUUUGUCGAUCCGUUCUUCGCUCACCUGGUAUGAGCGCGGAUCCCAGCACACCAUGCGUUGCGUCCUUGCCGUAUAGAAACUCACUUUCUGAGCGAAUCACUCCAUCUCAUCGGCUGCCUUCUCUCGGGAUCCACUCUUGCGUCAGCGUGGUCCACCUGUGUUGUCCGUCCUGCGCAUUACGUGUCCAGCCUAUCCUAGCUUUCUUUUCUUGAUGUGGAGUCGCGGACUUCGGAUGUCUUCUCGAUGGAGUUUUCUCUCUCUUUGCUGGGAGAGCGACAGCCCGACGAGUCUCGUUUCCAAUGACGCGCGGCUCACUCGGACUCUUUCGGCCAGUGCCUUCGUAAAGGUCCGGGUUUCUGAGCCGUGUGUGAGAGCCGGAGUCGAACAGUUUGGGGCAGGUCCGUGGUUCUCCCGCCGAUUUCCGGCUCCAACUCUUUGCGUUGAGUAGUCUGUCAAGGUAGAUGUGAUGAAACAUGUGAAAUUUAGGCUGAAAAUCAUGGAAUCUCAAAAUUCUCUCAAUUUUUGCAGCUGAAAGACCUGGACCGUCAACUGCCGCCGUCUCUCGAAACCUGCUCGAUUUCUCUGAAUUUGCCCUCCGAAUCGGCCCAAACCGUUUUCAAGUCCGUGCUGAAAUUCAUCGAAAAGCUCGGCUCACUCAAUGAUUUCCCGGAACUCGUCGAAUUUCACAUUCAAAUUCUGGGAUUGAAGUGUUUUGAGGUACUUUAACGAUUUUUCCGUAAAACUAGCGAAUUUUGUCGAAAAACGCAAAUUUCCCUCUCAAAACCCGGUUUUUUUCUUCAGUUGCUCACCCACACGAUCGCCGAAAGCUUCGGAGCCCAUCUCCGCCGUGUUUCCAUCCUGGCUCCACCACAAAACACGGACAAAAGUGUGGCGAAAGGACUGAUCCGCCAAAUGCCCGAAAUGUUUCCGAAAGCCGAACGGCUGGCGUUGAGCACCGAGUUUCUGCGCAUUUUGAUGAAGGCGGAGCACCAAAAAAGCCCGCAGUGGUCGGAGAAAAUCCGAAAAUUGGCCAGAAAAUCGGGUUUCGACGCCGAAAAGUGCCACGUCACGACGGGACAACUGCCAAUUGGCGAUUUUGUGGCGAAAGGCGACGAACCGGCCGAAAUUGAGGAGCUUCCCGAUAUUGAGCUCCCGCAAAACGUGGAAUUCGAGGAAAACGACGUGGAAGACGAGGAAGACGAUUUCAUCGACAACGAAAACGACAGCGAACACGUGGAGAGCCACGACGAUCUCGACGAUUUGGAGCGGAAAUUGGAGGCGGAAAGCGAUCGGCGCCACAAGAAAUGGCAGAAGAAACGGGGAAUCGAGGCGGAGAGCGAUGAGGACGACGAAGAGAAUAAAGAGAAUGAGGAGGAGGAGGAGGACGACGACGAUGUGAUCGAUUGGGACCAGUUGGAUGAGCUCGACGAAGAGGAGGACAGCAUUUUGGUAGGAUUUUGGAGAAAAACGGGAAACUCACAUGUUUCUUUGCAGAACGGCAUGAUAGACAACGAGGCGGUCGAAUCGGACGGCGAAGAGUCGGGCGGCGACGAGGAAGAGCCGGAGGGCGAAGAUUUGGCCGAUUCGGACGAUGAACGUCUUUUUGUGAGUAUCUUAGGUCAAAUCGCGACAUAAUUCCGACAGAUUUCAGGCCCACGGACCGCGCGGUCGAAAGCGUCGUGGCGCGGAGCCACACGAUAACGGAGCGAAACGGCGUCGGAUCGUGGUGUCGGACGAUGAGGACGACUGA